AAGGCGGGGCUCGGCGUGAGUUGCUGCAAGCCUGGGAUGCCGGCCUUGCGGGCAGUAACGGCCUAGUGAGAGAUUGGUUGGUCAAAACUCUGCAGGCCAUAAUGACUUCGACAAAUAAAGCAAUUGAAUUACAACUACAAGUGAAACAAAAUGCAGAAGAAUUACAAGACUUUAUGAGAGAUUUAGAAAACUGGGAAAAGGAUAUUAAGCAGAAGGAUAUGGAACUAAGAAGACAGAAUGGUGUUCCUGAAGAGAAUUUACCUCCUAUUCGAAAUGGGAAUUUUAGGAAAAAGAAGAAAGGCAAACCUAAAGAGUCUUCUAAAAAAACCAAAGAUGAAAACACAAAAAACAGGAUAAAAUCUUAUGAUUAUGAAGCAUGGGCAAAACUUGAUGUGGACAGCAUCCUUGAUGAGCUUGAUAAAGAAGAGAGUACCCAUGAUUCUGUGUCUCAAGAAUCAGAGUCAGAAGAAGAUGGGAUUCAUGUAGAUUCACAAAAGGCUCUUACUCUAAAAGAAAAGGGCAAUAAAUACUUCAAACAAGGAAAAUAUGAUGAAGCAAUUGAAUGCUACACCAAAGGCAUGGAUGCUGAUCCGUAUAAUCCUGUGUUGCCAACAAACAGAGCGUCAGCAUACUUUAGGUUGAAAAAAUUUGCUGUUGCUGAGUCUGAUUGUAAUUUAGCAAUUGCCUUGAAUAGAAGUUACACCAAGGCUUAUACAAGACGAGGUGCUGCUCGAUUUGCUUUGCAAAAGUUAGAGGAUGCCAAAAAAGAUUAUGAAAAAGUAUUAGAACUAGAACCAAAUAACUUUGAAGCAACGAAUGAACUCAGGAAAAUUAAUCAGGCUUUAGCAUCCAAAGAAAAUUCAUGCCCAAAGGGAGCUGAUACGAUGAUUAAGACAACUGAAGAAGAGAAAAAGCAAAUUGAACAGCAACAGAAUAAGCAGCAGGCCAUUUCACAGAAAGAUCUGGGGAAUGGAUUUUUCAAAGAGGGGAAAUACGAAAGGGCAAUUGAAUGCUACACUCGGGGAAUAGCAGCAGAUGGCACUAAUGCCCUUCUUCCGGCUAACAGAGCAAUGGCCUAUCUGAAGAUUCAGAGAUAUGAAGAAGCUGAAAAAGACUGCACACAAGCUAUUUUAUUAGACGGCUCAUACUCUAAAGCUUUUGCCAGGAGAGGAACGGCAAGAACAUUUUUGGGAAAGUUAAAUGAUGCCAAACAAGAUUUUGAAACUGUUUUACUUCUGGAACCUGGGAAUAAGCAAGCAGUAACUGAACUUUCCAAAAUUAAAAAGGACUUAAUUGAGAAAGGACACUGGGAUGAUGUUUUUCUCGAUUCUGCACAAAGGCAAAACGUGAUAAAACCUGUUGAUAAUCCAUCUCAUCUUGGGUCAACUAAACCACUCAAGAAGGUUAUUAUUGAAGAAACUGGUAAUUUGAUACAGACUAUUGAUGUGCCAGAUACUGCUGCUAAUAACAUUACUCUGGCAAAUGGGAUAGCAAGUGCAGGCGCUACAAGUAAGAAAAAUUCAAGCCAAGAUGACCUUUUGCCCACAAGUGAUAUUCCAAAAGCAAAAGUACUGAAAAUAGAAGAAAUCAGCGAUACUUCAGCCCGGCCACCCCAAGUCAACCUGAAACAGGAUGUAUGUCAGUCUUUGAGUGAGAAGACUUCUAUACAGAUAGACAGAGCACCUGCUCAGUUUAUCACUACUGUUCUUCCUCCUGUUCCUGCAAACUCGUUUCAGCUUGAAUCUGAUUUCAGACAACUUAAAAAUUCCCCAGAUCUGUUGUAUCGGUAUGUGAAGAAAAUUGAACCAUCCAUGUAUCCUAAGUUGUUUCAGAAGAAUCUAGAUCCAGAUGUAUUCAACCAAAUCAUUAAAAUUCUGCAUGACUUUUACAUUGAGAAAGAAGAGCCAUCACUCAUCUUUGAAAUCUUACAGAGACUUUCUGAACUAAAAAGGUUUGAUAUGGCAGUGAUGUUUAUGUCAGAACCUGAGAAAAAAAUUGCACAUGUGUUGUUCAAUCACAUAGACAAAUCAGGAUUGAAGGAUAAGUCUGUUGAAGAACUUAAGAAAAGAUAUGGUGGCUGAUUUCCAUUGUUUACUGAAAUUAUUGUCUUUGACUUUCAUAUGUAAAUUUUUUUUUUACUGAAAAUAAAGUAUUUUGCUUUUUAAGAAAAUGAAAUCAUACAGGAAAGGACUAUCUGUAGACGUAAGUUAAUUGUACAGUGAACUGUGACUUAAGUAAUUAGAAAUGUCCUCAAGUGAACUAUUUAUAAGUCAUUUUCCAGAAAUAAAAAUAUAAUGUAUACUUAUGAAGAUCAAUAUUUUACGUCAUUUAAAAUUUUAAAUCUACAUUCUUCAGUACCCCAUAAUUAUAACAGUAUUUUUAUAUUUUCAUGUUUUUGUAGCCAUGUGACAAGGUUGCUUCGUUAGCAUAUGAAUAAAGUUAUAUUGGUAUAGGGGUUAAGUAGA